UGAAUGAUUCAUCUAUUCCAAAAUGUCUGCUGCAUUAACACGUCGUGUUUUCGGUCAACAAAUAUCUAAUUUCGUCGGUUUGACGGUUUCGGUGUUAUCUCAGAUAUCAAGAAGGUACAAAUGGAAACUUGUGCAGCUACCAGAACCGGGCGUAGGCAAAGCCUUUCGAAGAAUCGUUCAUUUCAAAGAUAAUUACACGGUGAAGCCUUUGAAAAUUACGAAUCUAGCAGGCAGAGAUCCUAUCACAGGCAGAGUAGUAGCCAAAGGUAUCGGGGGUGGCAUAAAGCACAAGUAUCAUUGGAUCAAGUGGAUCAGGGAUGGACCUGAGGACCUAAACGAACCGCCAAAGGAAGAAAAAGUCCUAGAGGUCUUUAAGGAUGGUUGUAGAACGAGUCUUGUCGCGUUGGUCGGUAGUAAUCGUGAAUUAAAAUAUAUUUUAGCUACAGAAAACAUGAAACCGGGCGACAUAAUACGUACUCAUCGAGGAAUACCGCGUAAUCCUGUGAAACCCUCAGAGGGAGAUGCCUAUUCUCUUGGUGCUUUACCCAUUGGAACUCUCAUUCAUUGUGUAGAAAAAUAUCCGGGAUUGGGUGGGUUCCUAAUUCACUCUGCGGGUACCGUCGGAACACUAAUAAAGCGAGAGGAAGAUCGUGUGAUAGUACAGAUGUCUAAUAAGAAAUUAUUUAGUCUUCAUGAGUCGUGUAUGGCUACGGUUGGUCGAUUAUCGAAUAUCGAACACAAUUUUAUUCCAAUUGGUAGCGCACAAAAAAAUCGAGAAUUGGGAAAUCGCCCGAGGAGUGGUUUAUGGCAUCGCAAAACUGGUAGACUCGGUCGUAAAAUUAAACCACCACCUCGUGUACAACAUAUUGGUAAAAAAUCAGCACCAUAUGAUGUGCUUGUUUUGAAUAGUCAUCACAACGCUUAAACUAGAUAUCUCAGAUAAAUUGCAGUUAAGAUAUAUAAUAAAUGCUCGUUUCAAACAUUCAA